AUGGGACUUUUGGUGAAGCUGGCCACUAGGACCAGCACCAGGUCUUUUGGGGCCCUGGCUUCCUCAAUCUUGGGACGACGAGCAAAGAUCCUUGUGGACGUCUGUCUGGUGCUGACGCAGUAUGGUUUCGCCAUUGCGGAUAUCAUUUUCAUCGUGGAGAAUGUGCGAGAUGUGAUCUGCUUGGAGACGAAUCAGAGCGCAUGCCCCGGAAAGGUCGCCGUUUGCGCCGGGACUCUGAUUUGUGUCCUGCCCUUCACAUGGCUUCGAUCGCUGCAGGUGCUGACUGUCCCAGUGCUCAUGUCCAACGUGGUGCUCUUGUGCGGCAUCUCAUGGGUUUAUUACUGCGGCUUUGUACAGCUAGGCACUCACGGCAUGGCUCCCGGCAUCAGAACUUUCAACUGGGCGGAGUUCCCCAUCUUCUUCGGAUGUGCCGUGUUCUCCUUCGAAGGGAUUGGUUUGAUUCUGCCCAUCCAAUUUGCCAUGCAGCAACCUGCGCAUUUUCCCAAACUUCUCCAGAGAGCCAUGUUGAUCCUGGGCACUUUGUUUGCCUCCUUUGGGAUGGUGGGCUAUGCUGCCUACGGUUUGGAGACGAAAGACAUGAUCACCUUUAACAUCCCGCAGAACAAGAUCACUUCGUUCCUGCGACUCUUCUACUGUCUGGGAGUCUUCUUUACGUAUCCAGUGAUGCUGUUUCCCCUCUACCAGAUCACUGAAACGAAGAUUCGGUGUCUGCGAGAUCAACGGUUUUGCUGGCGGAGUAUCAUCUUCCGUUCGGCGCUGGUGAUCAUGACGGGAGUCAUCGGAUUGCAAAUCCCUCACUUUGGCCUCUUUCUGGGCAUCAUCGGGUCACUGGCGUGUUCCAUGUUGGCCUUUGUACUGCCAGCGCUGCUGCACUUCCGGCGCAAAGAUCGCGGGGACGCUACACGAGGCGGAGACGUGAAGGAUCUGUCCAUCAUCGCAUUUGGAGUCGUUGGUGGUUUGGUCUCCUUUUCCGUCACAUUGCGUGAUCUGAUUCAUGCAAUGGGCGAGGAGUGA